CACAUAAUCCAAAAUCACCUAGAAAAGAAACGAAUCCCACAGUUACAACUAAUUAAAUCUCAUGCCCUUAUCUUUAUGUAAUCUGUUUCCAAUUUACACCUCUUAAUUCUAAUUGUAAACUCAGUAGUAACUUUGUCUUCCUUCUAUAAUUAGCCACGCCUGCAUAUACCGGAUCAGGAACCUAGUCUGAAAAAGGUUGAAGAUCAAGAUCAUAGAUGAAAUCAAAUGGUGGUAUAAAUUGCUAUAUAGAAUACAUUUCAAUUUUUUUGAUAUGGUGUCGAUAAAGAAGGCCCUUUGGCCCAUGACUGCAUUCAUGGUGCUUGCCGACGCCUUGGUUGCUCCCAGAAUGGAACACCCGGGUCCGUUGUCAUUGCCCAACUUGCUCGAUGUUGAGAACAUCCAGCAAUUGCAACUGGAUUGGAAACUCCUAGACAACAUCCGUUUGGACACAGGAAGACUUAUCGUUGGCACUGGAACUGGGUCCUUGUGGAUGAACCCCGGUCUUGCCAAUUCCGACUCAGAAUGGACUGUGGAGUUGGUGUUUAGAUCCAACGGAGAGUCACAAAGAGAUCAACAAUUUGCAAAUUUCAACGCGUUGUCAUUAUGGUUUUUGGAUAGCAAUGAAAGAGUUGGUACCAACCCUGGGGGUAAUUCUGGAGGCCCUCACAUUUUCGACGGGGUUCAGGUUCUUCUCAGCAACCAAGAAAGUAAAGGGCUCAAGUUGAUUGUCAAUGACGGGAGCAAGAUCGUUGAUGGAAGACUCAACCAAGUAGUGGGGAACUGUGACUUCAACUAUUGGGAUUCAACAAUCCCUUUCACCAUCAGAGUAUCUUACUCGCGUAGCAACAAGUGGUUCAAGAUCCAAGUCGACAACAACCUUUGUUUGAAAACUGAUGCCAUCACCAUCCCCUCGACGGAUUUGCAACUUGGUGUCACAGGACAAAUCGAGAUUGGGUCACAAGAAGAAUUUGAGAUCAUGAAGUUGGACAUUUGGGACCAUCUCACCCCGGAUGCGAUCGAUGACCACGCCUUGAUGGGGGACGGAGCCACCACACAACAACAGAAAGAUGCCAUUGAACAAGAUCACAUUCCUCCUUCACAAUUGAGACAGUCCUUGAUGGAAAGAACAAGAAAGCAACAGGAGUUGAUGAGAGAGCAGCAACAACAACAAAAGCAGGAACAAAAGCAACGUCAUGCCAUUCUGUCACAACUGCAACAACCAGAGGGUGACUCUUCAGCACCAUCGUUCGACUACAGUGUUUUCACUGGUCAGAUCGACGAUAUUAUCAGUAGAAUGAAUGCGCUCCAAGAAAACUCAAUCUACGAGUCCAAGGUUCUUCUCUCCAGCUUCACAGAAGUCCAGGACGUGCAAAAGAAGCACCUGGUGGCACUUGAUGAGAUUAAGGACGAACUCACGGUGUUCAAGGCGACUCUUACUCAACAAUUUUCCGAAAUGCUCAGGGGAAUGUCACAAUUGAACGAAAGGGUUAUUGGUGAAGUUCGUGAACAUCAAUUCAGUGUGGCUGAAAUGUCCAAGAAGGUCGACUUGCUCAUGUCAAACCAUAAGGAAGUUGCCUUCCAAUACCAAAGAGGUCUUGAAAACGCUGAUGGUACCGACUUUGUGGAUAGACUCGUUUCCAAGAUCAAAUGGAUCAUGAUCCCACUUGUCAUUGGAGUGAUGAUAUUGACUGGGUUCCUCUACAGGUUGAGACAUGAUAUCAAGCAUUCAAAAUUGUUAUAAAUAUAUAUACAUACAUACAUAUAUAGAUCGAAGAAAAAAAACAACCAUGAAGGGAACAUAUCCUUCCUUCUGACUAUUCUGAUACCUGGGUGCUAUUUGCACACGUACUAUUUAUAGUUCA